CCUCCCAAGAUUCACCCAGCCGCGGCCGCGCCACCAGACUCGCCGCGCCGCCGGCCACGCCAUGGACGUCCCCGUGCUCGCGCUGAUCGUCGUCGCCGGCGCCUCCGUCGCCGUCGCGGUGCCCUGCCUCCUCCUCGCCUUCCUCUGCCGCCGCCGCAGCCGCAACAGCUUCAAGCCGCUGAUGAUCCACCAGCGCUGCCGCUCGGGCCCGGCGCUCCCUGUCUCCGCGCCGGAAACCUCCUCGUCGGCGUCAUGGUCGUCCUUCUUCGGCGCCGACGCGGACGCCUGCUGCCUCGAGAAGCUCUCCCUCGCCGACCUCGCCGCCGCCACGGGGGGGUUCUCCCCGGACAACAUCAUCGGCGACGGGAGCUUCGGGUUCGUCUACCGCGCCGUGCUCCCCGGCGGCGCCGCGGUCGCCGUCAAGCGCCUCUCCGGCGACGGCGCCGCGGGCGCCGGCAACCGCGAGUUCCGCGCCGAGCUGGAGGUGCUCGGUAGCCUCAGCCACCCCAACCUCGCGCGCCUGCUCGGGUACUGCGCUGCCGGCCGCGACCGCAUCCUCGUCUACGAGCUCCUCGAGCGCGGCAGCCUCGACGCGUGGCUCCACGGCGGCGCCGGCGACGAGGCGCUUCCCUGGCCCGCGCGCCUCCGCGUCGCGCGCGGCGCCGCGGCCGCGCUCGCGUUCCUGCACCACGGCCGCCGCCCGCCCGUGCUCCACCGCGACGUCAAGUCCAGCAACGUCCUCCUCGGCGAGGGCUUCGAGGCCAAGCUCGCCGACUUUGGCCUCGCCAGGAUCGUCAGAGGAAGCCCCGCCAAGUCGCACGUCAGCACCCAAGCCGCCGGCACCGCCGGGUACGUGGCGCCGGAGAUAUGGGCUGGUGUGGGUGCGACGGCGAAGGCGGACGUGUACAGCUUUGGCGUGCUGGUAAUUGAGAUGGUAACAGGUCACCGGCCAAGCUGGCCGGUGAAGGCGGAAAUUGGGGAGAAGGAGGUUGACAUGGUGGAUUGGGCGAGGGAGAAGAUAGGCGCCGGCCAAGCCUCGGAGAUCUUGGAUCGGCGGAUGGGCGUCGGAGGGCAAGGGAAGGAGAUGGACGAGGCGAAGGGGCUCCUGGAGAUCGCAUGGCAGUGUACGGAUUCUUGUCAGAAGAAUCGGCCGACGAUGGAGGAGGUGGUGGCAUUGCUGAACAAGAUAUGAGCUAGAAUGCCAAAUCAAGUGCCGGCGAUUCAUAUGGCCACACAACAGCAUAUAUAGUGAGUUCAGACUUUAGAACAAGAAAUACUUGCUUUCUCCACGAAAUAAAUACCGAUGGUGUGCCAGAAUUUUGUACAAAUAUGUAUCACAUCGUGUUGCUAAUAACAAAGGGCGCAUUCAAUCAUGGUCCA